AUGAAGAUCACCAGCAUUCUCUUCUCCUUCAUGGGAGUUGGCCUGCUAACUACCCAGGCCGCCGUGAUCGAUAGACACAGAGUCAGUGUCGACAUCAAGACCCCACUCAAGGGUGUCAGCUUUCAGCGCAUCAAGGCUCACCGGGACCCAGUCUCUGAUGAUGUCGUCGGUCGAGUCCAGGACCUGAAGGCCUUCCGCGGCAAGGUCGCCGGUCACAACGCUGCUACUGCCCUAGGAGCCGCUCAGCCUCGCGAUAUUUCGGGAAACUACCAAAACAUCACGGCUCUGAGCCCUUAUGGCACUCAGUACUCCAUCGAGGUCAUCUGGGAUGGUAAACCCAUCAACAUGCUGUUCGAUACGGGCAGCAGCGACACUUGGGCAGCCAGCUCCAAUCUUUCCUGCGUCAGUAUGACGGGCACCGCAGUCUAUCCUCAGGAGGCUUGCGGAUUCGGUCCGAACCUCAUCGACGGGUUCAAGCAUGGCCCAGUCGAAGACAUACACUUUGCUCUGAGUUAUGGUUCUGGGGAAAAGGUUUCCGGCCCCAUGGGAUACAGCGACAUCGAGGUUGCCGGCAUCGUCGUCCGCCAGCAGCAAGUUGGUCUUGCCAACUUGACCUACUGGUACGGCAAUAACUACACCAAUGGAAUCAUAGGUAUGGCAUAUCCAUCUCUCACGAGCGCCUUUACUGGCGACCCGACCGAAAAGCGUCCCGCCUUCCAGGUCCCAUACCAGCCCUUCUUCACCAGUAUGGUUCAACAAGGACUGUCUGCCGAUUCUUUCAGCGUAUCUCUUGUCCGUAAUUCCUCUGGGGUGAUUGCAUGGGGUGGCAGAACAGGCCUGCCAGUUACCGGUCCUACGGCCUAUACCGACCUAAUCAUCACAGCUAUCAACCAGCAGCGGCCAGAGUCAUCAUGGCAGUAUUCGUACUACACCAUUCUUGUUGAUGGUAUUCGGUGGGGAAGUACGAUGGACGAGAAGAAGCACCCCUACAUCGUUGACACUGGCACCACGAUGAUGUACGUGCCUCCGCCUGUGGCCGAGUCCAUUGCCAGAUCGUUUUCUCCCAGCGGCAUCUACAUGUUUCAGUAUGGAUCAUACUUUGCACCCUGUAAUGCCAUUGCUCCUCGAGUUGCGGUCAUCAUCGAGGGUGCAAGCUUCUGGAUCAACCCCGUGGACCUCAUCUACCGCAACAUGAAAGACGAGGUCUCGGGCUACUGUCAACUUGGCAUCUCCACCGGGGGCACCGGUCCUUAUGUCCUCGGGGCCGUCUUUCUUCACAAUGUCGAAGCUUACUUCGACGUGGGCGGUGGCCAGAUGCGUUUCUAUGGCCGUGAAGACUAUGGCCCGACGCCCGAGGUUUCGGAUCCGAGGAAGUUGUUCAAUGAUGUAUAG